AUGGAUAUUUUACAAUUAAAACCAUAUUUGAAGGAAAACGAAACAAUUUCGCCGAUUGAAAACAUGUUACAGGGCAUGAAAAUUUAUCCAGAUCCAUAUCAAUCUGCAGCCAUUUGUGAUUUUGAAGCAGAAAUUGAUGGUAAAGAUAAAGUUAGAGGUGUUGUGAAGGAAGCAAAACAAGCCGCUUUGGAUUAUAACCAAGCUAUUGAGAAUAAUUAUCCAAUGUCAGAAAGAUAUGGAUCUUCUUCUUCCUCAGCCAACGAUGGCAAAAAACUCGUGCCUGAUGAUGUAAAAUAUUCUGUAGGAGCAAAUUAUAAAUUGGAUUUAAAAGUUACUUGUAUAAUGACUUCAACCAUUCAAUCAAUCGAAUCUCCAUCUCACUUGAUCUCUACCAAGUUGAAUAGUGAGGAUCUUGAUAAACCAAGAGCAUUCCUUGAAUAUAAUCUUAAAACAGAAUCUAAUCGUUUAAUGCUAACAUUAGUUCCAAGAUUUGCUUUAAAUCAAAUUCAAACGGAAGUAGUUUUUAUAAUUGACAGGUCUGGAUCAAUGGAAGGUGAACCAAUUAAAAAAGCGGGUCAAGCAUUAGAACUAUUUGUACGUUCGUUACCAGAGGAUUGUUAUUUUAAUGUUGUAUCUUUUGGUAGUCAUCACGACUCACUAUUUCCAAAAUCUCAAGAAUACUCCCAACAUUCAUUGGAUAAAGCUAUCAACUUGGCAAAAAAUUUGCAUGCAGAUUAUGGAGGAACAGAAAUUUAUCAUCUUAUAAAAUGGGCAUUUGAUGAUCAAUUGACAAAUAUGACCACCGCUUUAUUUUUAUUGACAGAUGACAAUAUAAUAAUCAUAAUAACGGUUUUAAGAAUAUUUACUUUGGGUAUUAAUGAUAGUGUUUCACAUGAUUUGGUCGAGUCAGUUGCUAGAACUGGUAAUGGAUAUGCACAAUUUGUUACCAAUAAUGAAAGAAUGGAUAAGGAAAUAUCCUGGGUGUUCACCCAUCCAACAAAUUAUUUUUUGACAGCUAAAUCAUCAGAUGGACCAAUAACAUUGCCAUAUUCUAGUGUAGGACCUCAUGGUAUUUCAAAGGAGGAAUGUUCUUUUGAUGAUCCAAUGCAAGAAUUAUCUGAUCAUGACAAUAAUGAAAAAGUCAAGAAAAAGAAAGUCGAGAAGGAUGCAAAAGAACGCAAGAAACCAAAGAUUGAAAUAUUAUUAAAAUUUUUGGUAAUGAUGAAAGAUCUUAAUGAUGAGUGUGAAAUUUGCUAUGACAAAGCAAAAAAAGCUUUAACUAAAUUUAAAGAUUAUAACGAAGAAAAUGAUAAGAAAGUUAUGGAUAGUGUUAGGAAAUGGAUGAAUGAUUGGAUCAAAGAAUAA